AAGGCGGCGGCGGCGGCGGCGGCGCAGGUGGGGCUGAGCGCGGCGGAGCUCCUCCUCCGCUUCCCGGUGGAGCGCUCGCUGCUCCCGCGGCUCCUGCUCCGCACCGGGCGCGCCUCCGAGAGAGGGCAGGCAAGCAAGCCGGCCGACCCGCGCCCGCCAGAAGUCACAAUGGGGAAGCACAACAGCAAGUUGGCUCCAGAGAUGUUGGAUGACCUGGUGAGGAGCACUGAAUUUAAUGAGCAGGAGCUGAAACAAUGGUACAAGGGCUUUCUGAAAGACUGCCCCACGGGCAUCCUCAACUUGGAGGAAUUCCAGCAACUCUACAUCAAGUUUUUCCCCUAUGGUGAUGCAUCCAAGUUCGCCCAGCAUGCUUUCCGCACAUUUGACAAGAAUGGAGAUGGGACCAUUGACUUCCGGGAGUUCAUUUGCGCUCUGUCCGUCACUUCCAGGGGCAGCUUUGAGCAAAAGCUGAAUUGGGCCUUUGAGAUGUACGACUUGGAUGGCGACGGGAAGAUCACACGCUUAGAGAUGCUAGAGAUCAUCGAGGCUAUCUACAAGAUGGUGGGUACUGUCAUAAUGAUGCGGAUGGAUCAAGAUGGGCUGACACCCCAGCAGCGGGUUGACAAGAUCUUCACCAAGAUGGACAAGGAUAAAGAUGACCAGAUCAGCCUGGAAGAGUUUAAGGAGGCAGCCAAGAGCGACCCCUCAAUUGUCCUCCUGCUGCAGUGCGACAUGCAGAAGUAGAAGGGUUGGGGCUCUGGUCAGCCUGUCCCCUGCCCAGCUGUGCGCUGUCUUUCUUUUCUCUUUAGGGCUGCAAGCCCCCUCUGGAGGGAGGGAGGGAGGCCUGCUGUCUUUGCCCACAUGAGUCUGCAAGUGCCUUUCCCAGCACUUGCGCUACCUGCCCUUCUCGGCACAGCCAGCACAGAGGUCCAGACGAUGACCCUCUGGCCAGGUGCCUUAGCCGUUCAGCCAGAGAUGUCCCCCUCGAUCCACUGGCUCCGCUCUGGCUGGAGUCUCUGGCCUCUGCUUUUCUCCUUGGACAGGAAGCGUUCCCAACAUUCUGGCAGCACAUUUAACUUCCUAUGGGCUGCCUGGAUCCGAGUCCCAGAUGUCUACAACUACAAGCUCAAUUCUCUUAAAUUACUAGCUCUUAGGGGUAGAAAAAAUCUACACCCCCCUCUCCCUGUUGUGUCCCCCACAACAACAAAUCUUUACAGAUACCCUGUUUGAUGGCAGGUCUCAUCUGUGUUUUCCACUCAGUGUCCUGAGUCCCAAAAAGAGAUGUUUCUUUCCUCUCCUCCUCCCCCACCACCAAUCACUUCUUCACUACCAUGAAGAGCCAACAGCAGAUGCAACCAUUUUUGGCCAGGGGGAGCCUGUGCUUCCUUUUUGGAAAUUUUAAAAAAGUUAUAACUCCCCCCACCUUUAGAUCAGGGGUCAGUCUCCAAACUUGACAACUUUAAAACUUGUGGACUUCAGCUCUCAGAAUUGAAGAGUUGGCUGCAGCUUUGGCUGGCUGGAGAAUUCUAGGAGUUGAAGUUCACAAAUCUUAAAGUUGCCAAAUUCAGAAACCCCCAGCUUUAGGCCUUUGUUCCCUGCACAAAUCUACCCUCUGGAUCUCUUAAUAAUUCCCACCUCCAACCAGACAAAAGGUCCUGUCUGGGGAUGGGGGAGCUGUAUUCCCACCUCUCCGUAGAGGUUUGUUUGGGGAGGGCUGGCUGAGAUUCCUGCUCUCCAUCUUUGGAAGCAGAGGGACACCAUCCCCCUCCUCAGCUGACCAUUACAGCUCUCGGUAAAAAGUAUAUUUCUGUACUAAUCUUAUCAUAUGGAAAAGUACAGGUUGUUUUUGUUUUUGCUUCUGCUAAUAAUUCAUUGUAAUAAUUAAUGGACUAAUAGAUGCACUGGCUCUUCCAAAAAGCCAGGGACAGUGCCGAGAAUCCGUAGUUGGUGGAGAUUGCAGGCUCCUCAACCUGAGGUCCCCAGAAAGAUUGUUCUUGGCUGGGCAGUGUGUUAAAAAUAAAAUGUUGGUGCAAGUAAAGGGUACCAGAGGGGACUCUUUCAAUGAGCCUUGCCAGAGCCUGGGAAUUUUGUGGAGGAAUGCUGUUUGGAGACAGACAUAACCUGUGACAGACAUAAAUAAGCUGCUUUUUGUUCCUUCCAGCUUGCAACCUGGGAACUAGCUAUGCUCCUAAGGUGAAGAGGAAAAGGAGGUGUGUGCUUGCACAGCUGCAUGCGUGCACAUGUAUUCCCCAUGGCGGCAGGGAGCACCUGCCUUAGCUUUCCAGUGGUUCUGGCAAUUCUGAUGCCCUUCAACUUCCUCCCCCAUAACAUUUAAGGUUUGCAACUGAGCAGAAGUGCCCUGUGAUUGAUGCCCUGUGAAAUUUAGGGCAAAGUGAAUUGGCUACUCCAGAAGGCUAAGAUGAUGGUAACCCCCCUGCACUGAAGUGUCUGGUUAGGAGGGCUAAAAGGAAAAAGUACAGAAGCGCCAAGAAGAAGGGGGAUGAGAAUUUCAGGCACUCUUAGAAGGGGGGAACUUGCCCCCCCCUCGCAAAGCAGUGGAUGGACUGGGCAAAAAACCCAAGACGGAGCAUUGUUCCAGGCAGCGGUGGGUCAUUUGCUCCCCAGCAGCUUUUGCGGGAUGGGAGAUUAGCUGUGGCUUGCCAUGUGAAUCAAAGGCCCUGAGUUCCUGUGUGGGAGGAAACAAGCCAGGUUGAAUGAGACGGACUUUGUCCAAGCAGAAUUCCAGUUAAUUGCACUUUUUGUGGUGGGGAUGAAUUUAAAAUGGACGUCUUCGGUUUCUUCUUGGCAGCUUUAUGAGUGGGGCAGAAGAAAUGAGGUGGGUUGGCCUAGAGUCCCAGGAAGGUUUCAUGCCACCGCAAGGCAGCCACCGUCUGUGCCAAGGCAAUCCCUUCGCCUGCCCUGCCCUUCCGUGCCCCGUCCUGCACUGAACAUUGCUUUUGGAAAUUGUCCUAUUGCUUAUUGUGGUUGUGAGUAUUGUACUUGUUUAGGAACUGUGAGGUAGGUAGGGGAGUGUGUAUGCGUGCACACACGUAAAUCUAUUUUUAUUUAAGUGUUCAAAGGUAUCCUCAUUCCGGUGGGAGUUUUCAGUUUGGUCUCUGAAUAAAAGGAUGAUCAAUG